GUUUUAACAGAAGCUUAAGAAUCACAGCGGAAGGCAAGUGUAGUAGAGAAAGAAAGGUACUUACUCCUCCUCACUGUCAUUUUCCUUCUCAUAAACCCAAAAAGUUUUCAGCUUUGAUUCUCUUUAGCUGUCUUAAAGAUAUCUAUAGGCGAUGGCUUUUCUGAGUAAAUUCGGCAACGUAUUGAAGCAGACGACGAGCAAGCAGCUCAAUGCUCAUGGUUCUUUAUCAAGAAGCCCUUCGCUUUUUAAGGCGAUAAGGUGCAUGUCAUCUUCUAAGCUCUUCAUUGGAGGUAUGGAGUAUGGCAUGAAUGAGGAUAGCUUAAGAGAAGCUUUCAGCAAAUACGGCGAAGUCGUUGGAACGAGGGUUAUUUUGGAUCGUGAAACUGGUAGGUCGAGGGGAUUUGGGUUUGUUACAUUCACUGAUGCAGAGGCGGCCUCUAGUGCUAUCCAGGCUUUGGACGGGCAGGAUCUCCAUGGUCGUAUUGUUAAAGUGAGUUAUGCACAUGAUAGAACAAGUGGCGGUGGGUUUGGAGGUGGUGGGUUUGGGAGUGGUGGAGGUGGUUAUGGUGCCGGCGGUUAUGGAGGCGGUGGAGCUGGUGGAUAUGGUGCAAGUGGUGGCUAUGGAUCUAGCGGCAGCGGUUAUGGAGAGGGCUCAAGUGCAGGUGCUGUUGGUGGCUACAAUGGAAGUAGUGGUUAUGAUAGUGGCAAUACCUACGGCAUCAACAAUGGUGGAUUCGCUGGAGACAGCCAGUUUAGUGGAAACCCAGUUGGUAACAGCUCUCAGUUCGGUGGUGAGAACACUCAGUUUGGUGUUGGUGGGGGUGAGGCUCAGUUUGGAGGCAUGGAGAACACUGAGAUGGAGAAUGGACCCGUGGGAGGUUUCGAAGAUGACACUGAUGUUGCCAAAAGAGCCUGAAGCAACUAGCAAAAUAUGUUGUCUAAGACUUGUCUCAAGAGAUAAUUUAUCCAUAACUUUUCAUGCAUGGAAACACUUUAUCUAGAAAACAAUCUGCUUUUGCAUAAAAUAGUUUUGUAGCUUGAGAUUGUUUCAGCUACGGUUGUGGUCUGAUAUGACAACAAAGAUACAUACAUAGUUUUGCAUAACACCACACUGAAAGAGAAGACAAUCUUUAUUAAACCAUGUGGUUUUAGUA